AUGGGAGUACCCAAGUUGAAGAAGUUUGUGUCCAGUAGCAAAGGAUGGUACACAAUACAAGUGUCAGGCAAAGUAGUCAUCGAUGGCAACUCACUCUGCUAUAAUCUGAACAAACAGCAUGAGUGGAAGUUUGGAGGUGAUUACAAAGACUUCUAUGAAACGGUUACAGUGUACAUUCAAGAGCUCAAGGCAUUAGAAAUAGAGCCGUACAUUGUGGUGGAUGGUAUGGCUCACGAUAACAGCAAGUAUCAGACGUACAUAGCGAGAAACGAAGAGCGUAUCAACGGAAUUGCUAUCAGCCAAUCCCUAGGCACAGCACCACACAACAUUUUUAUCUUGCCCUGCCCUGUUAUCAGCGAAGAUUCAGACUUCUUCAUUUUCAACAUUGAAGCUGGCUACAUACCAUUGACAGGUGGUGACCAACAAACACGAAUUGAGUUUCAAAAGCCAGUCAAACGAUUUCAGCAUAAAGAAUUCGAUAAAAGCUUAAAACUGAACGAAGAACAGCGGCUGUUCUUUCCUUUUAUCCUAGGCAAUGACUUCCAUAAGGGUGUUUCACGGUCCUCACUGCAAUUAACCUUCAGCACACCACUCCGCAACAUCUCAAGAAAACUAUCAAUGCUAGAUUUCAGCAAUGCAACUUUGACACAAUUCGUUUGUCCGAACCCCACAAGCCAGAUGGAAAAUAUCAAAUUGUACUACAGAGGGGCAGCUCGAUCAUUUGAUGACCUUGCAUCUACCAGUUCACUUCUGGAGUUGUAUCCACACACCCAGGAGUGGAUCAUGCAAGAGUACAAGAAUGGUAGGUUCAUGGCUCCAAUAAUGAGUCUUGCAACUUGCCCUACUAUGAAGCGGUGGCGACACACCAUAGUGGUUGAAGAUUUCAGCCAACAAAGCGCGUGGAAGGUUACAAAAUUUGGAAGAAAAUUUAUCAUUGGGGCUUUACUUGGUGACCAAGCAAACAAGCAUCAGAUAGUGACAACCGAAAUUAAGCCACCAUCACCUGACAACUCAAAACUUGCAUUGGUGGACACCGAAGUCAUCUUAGCUCCAAAGCACACCACAAUUCUACCUGUGCCACUAAAAGAUGUUCCACAAAUGCCAGUCACCGUUCGCAAGGAGAUAAUGUAUCGUGUGUUUCACUAUACCGAGCCUGCUGAGUCGGACAUUCCUGAGGGGCUACAGUUAGCCAUGAUUGCAAGGUGCUGCUGGGUACGUAAAGUAGCUUGCGACAAUACACACCUGAUUCAGUCACUCGUAUGCUGUAUUCUAACCUGCUACGGCCAUUUUCCAAUGACUGAUCGAAGAGACGGAUGUAAGUUAGCUCAACAUGAGAUUCUGUUUUUUCUACACUCCUAUGCUCAGUGGCAGUGUCUACUACAUCACGUUAUCGCGUUUAACCAAGUUCUAAGCCACCCCUUUCCAUACACAAGCCCUGCUAGGCUAUUCUCUUCAAGUUUACUUCUACACUUCUACCAGCAGACCUCACAGGUCCUACAAGAAAAGAUGGACACAUUGGCAACGAGUAUGCUACAAAUAAUUACAGAGAGCAAGUAUUCUACUGAAAGUUUGAAAGAUAUUGAACUAGAGCCUUCGCAGACAAAGAAACGUCGCACUACAUACUGA